AUGCUAAGUGCACUUUUUGCUUUUAAGCUUCUGAGCCUCACUUCCAGUGGCCAGACCACAGUGCCGUCGAGAAGAGUAAAGCUGCGGCAAAGGAAGCAAGCCGUGGACCACAACGGAUGCUCUUCUAUCAAAGCGGCUAAUCUCAAGUGGAGGCUCUUGUCCGAGGUCUCCCUUUUCUCCCAACAGCCGCCUGCUGCACAGUCCUACCAGAAAGUGAACACGCAGGUGCAUGCUGUUCCCAAGUUGCUACUCAGCACAGACUUUGCAAAUGAAAAGGGAUGCUCUGGAUUUUUCUGUCUUUGGAGAAAGAAUUCCGGUGGGGGGAAAUAGCAGAAGAUGGAUCAGCUUGCAAGUGGAUCCUCAGCUUUCAAGAACAUCAUCGCAUGCUAUUUCCUUGUGUCCUUGUCAGGAUUUGCCCAAGGCCGGACGCAAACCCAGGCCGAAGAAAGGCUCUUCAAGUACCUUUUCACAGCCUACAAUAAGUGGUCCAGGCCAGUUCCCAAUACCUCAGAUGUUGUUAUCGUCAGGUUUGGAUUAUCCAUUGCUCAACUGAUUGAUGUGGAUGAGAAGAACCAAAUGAUGACCACCAAUGUUUGGCUGAAACAGGAGUGGAAUGACUACAAGCUGCAGUGGAAUCCAGCCGAUUUCGACAAUGUCACUUCAAUCCGGGUGCCGUCUGAGAUGAUCUGGAUCCCGGACAUCGUACUUUAUAACAAUGCAGAUGGGGAAUUUGCAGUAACUCACAUGACCAAGGCACACCUCUUCUCUAAUGGCAGUGUGAAGUGGGUACCGCCAGCUAUCUACAAGAGCUCCUGCAGUAUCGAUGUCACCUUCUUCCCCUUUGACCAGCAGAACUGCAAAAUGAAGUUCGGCUCAUGGACCUACGACAAGGCCAAGAUUGACCUGGAGAGCAUGGAACGCCAUGUAGAUCUGAAAGACUACUGGGAAAGUGGGGAGUGGGCCAUUAUCAAUGCCGUGGGCACCUACAACACCAAGAAGUAUGACUGCUGUACUGAGAUCUAUCCCGACAUCACGUACAGUUUCAUUAUCCGCCGGUUGCCGCUCUUCUACACCAUCAACCUCAUUAUACCCUGCCUCCUCAUUUCCUGCUUGACCGUGCUGGUUUUUUACCUACCCUCUGACUGCGGUGAGAAGAUCACCCUCUGCAUCUCCGUCCUGCUAUCCCUCACUGUCUUCCUCCUUCUCAUCACUGAAAUCAUCCCGUCCACCUCUCUGGUCAUCCCAUUGAUAGGGGAGUAUUUGCUCUUCACCAUGAUCUUUGUCACCCUCUCCAUCGUCAUCACUGUCUUUGUACUCAAUGUCCACCACCGCUCGCCCAGCACCCACAAGAUGCCACGAUGGGUCCGAACCGUCUUCCUGAAUUUCAUCCCCCGCUGGCUCUUCAUGAAACGACCACCGGUGUUUGCCCCAGGACUCAGGGUGGCCAGCGAGGAGGUGAUCGGGCAGUACGACAUGCCUCCUGCCAAUCUUAGCACAUCCCGGUGUUGGCUGGAGACAGAUGUUGAUGAUAAGUGGGACGAUGAAGAGGAUAGCAAUGAAGAGGGGAUGCAUGCCAGCCGGCUGCCCCUCCAGGCCACUUGUCAUCACCACUGCCUCCAUUACCGCUACACCUGCGCCCGUCACCUGGGAAGGGGGUUUGUGGAAGUGGUGCAGCGCCCAGCCCCCAAAACAGAGAACCGGCCAUCAUCCGAGCAGGAACUGCAGCUCUCUCCGAGUAUACUGAAGGCCCUGGAAGGGGUCCAUUACAUUGCCAACCACCUCCGGGCUGAGGAUGCCGACUUUUCGGUGAAGGAAGACUGGAAAUACGUUGCAAUGGUGAUAGACCGCAUCUUCCUCUGGAUGUUCAUAAUCGUCUGCUUGCUGGGGACGAUCGGACUUUUCCUCCCACCUUUCCUGGCUGGUAUGAUCUAG